UAAAAUUAAAUUUAAAAAACAAAAAAGAAUAUAAACAUUUUUUUUUUCCUAAACGAUUGUCAAUUUUAUAUUCUAACCAUUUUUUUUUUUUGACACAUUUAUUGACGUUAUUUAUCAACGAGGUGGAUUUUUAUUUUUAUUUAUUUUUUUACUUGAAAUGGCACCAUGGGACUCUAAGCUGCGAUGGCAGUUAGGUGGUAACUUGCAGCCAGUUCGUUUUAUUUGUGAAUUUGAUUGGAGAGAAUGUCCAUCGGCAAUUGCUCAUUAUAUUUGGUCAGAAAUUGUUACAGAUGUUGUUGAUUGUGUUACAAAUGAAUCGACAAUGUGGAGAGUAAUUAGCCUUGUAUUUAUUUGUACAAUUUUAUUGCAUAUUGUUUGGACAAAGGUCAAAACAAUGAAUGAAAAUAAUUACCAACGUGAAUUAUUACGACGAGUUAAUUUUAAAGUUCAAGAUCUUGAAUUAAAAAUUAAUAUAUUAACGUACAAAAUGAGCCAUGGCAUGUGGCAAGGAAAAAUUAAAACUAUUCAAUACAAAGAAAAUAAUUCAAAUGAUUAUUUAUUGAAGUGCAUUGAGACUAAAAAAAUUGAUGAAGAUUUUAAUUUAAAUCUUAAAAAACCAAUUAUUUUGAAAGAUACAUUAGGGAAUUUUGAUAAACUUGUUUUUCCUGAUAAAAAAAAACUCAAUAUGAUUAAUAAUUUGAAUGAUGAUGAUAGUAACAACACAAAAAUAGAAGAAAAUAAAAUUGAUAAAGUACAAAAAAGACUUCAAGGUAUGCAAAUAAUUCUACGUGAUUUUCGUGACUAUGAUAAAAGUCAAGAAGACAAAGAAAUAGCAAAAGCAUAUUUACAAGAAUUAAAUGAAUUAAAAACAGACACUGAUAGUGAUGAUAAUAAAUCCAUUAUUGAUGAAAAAAAAUUGUCUGUUAUUGAAAAAAUCAAUGAAGAAAGUGCUGUAGUAAUUACACCAUUAAAAAAAAAUUCAUUUGAAGAAAUUCAAGAUGUCAAAGAGGAUGAUUCAAUUGAUGAAAAAAUAAAAUCCGAAAUGGAAAAAAAAGAAGAUGAAAUAGUACAUGAAAAGAUAAAAAAUGAAUCAAUUGAAAAAAUAAGCUCUCCCAGUGAGAUAGAAAUAAAAGAAGAAAUUUUAAAUGAAAAUAAAUCUUGUGAUGAUUCGUGUGCUUCAUCUGAGCAUGAUGAAAUGACAAUGUUUUCUGAAAGUCCUUUGUCAUCGAUAGAAAAUAUUAUUCACAAUUCAAUGUGUUGGAAUAAUAUUAUUGAUGAUAGAUCUGAUGAAUCAAGUGAUUCUGAUCAUAAUUCAUCAAUGAGAACGUCAUUUAAAGUAUUGGAUAUUAUUUCAGAGGAACAAUCAAGCAGCAGUUGUAAUGAACGAUCAAGUACGACAAUUAUUGAUAAAAAUAAAAUAGAUAAUUCAUCAAAAAUAUAUGAUAGUGAGGAAAUAAAUAAAUCAAUUGACCUAGAUGAACAGAUAUCAAAUAAAACAAGUGAAAAAGUUCAAGAAAUUUCAAAUGUUUCGUCUGAUAUAUCUUUGAUGGGCUUUGAAUAUUGUCAUGAAGAAAAAACUGAAGAAACUGAUGAUUUUUCAGUUGAAAAAAUUGAUGAUAAUGAUGAUGUAUCAAAAUCCGAAAAAAUAAUAAAUGAAAUAGUUGAAGAUAAUUUAAUAAACACAAGUGAAGCAUCAAAAAUUACUGAAGACUGUGAAAUUGAUACCAAAAAUUUCGAGAAAGAAAAUUGUGAUGAUGAAAAAAAUUUAAAUAAUACAAUUGAAAUAAUGGAUGAUAAAAAUGAAAUUGAAAUUGAUCUUAUUGAUUUAAAAGAUGAAGAUGAAAAUAAUAUUAAAGAAGAUUUGUUGGUUGAUGAAAUUUCAUUGAUAGAAAAUAAUAAUGAGGAAGAAAUAAAUAAUAAUACUGAAGAUGAACCAACAACAGGAAGAACAAUAAUUAAAAAAACUGAUGACAAUGAAUCAGUAGAAUUUGAUUUUCCAAAACAAGAAAUAGUUGAAUUUAAUAUUCAACAGGAUAAUCUACCAGACGAUAAGGAUGACCUGAUUCAAUUGGAAAACAUAACAUUUGAAGAAUUAAAAGAACUAGAAGAAUAUUGGAAUAUUGAUGAUUCAAAUUCUGAAAUAUCAAGAGAAAUAAAUGAUAAAUCAUUGUCGAAUAUUGAAUUUGUACCAAGUAGUACAGACUUGACAAUAGCUGAUACAUCAUCAUUAAUUUUUACAUCUGAUUAUUGCAUGGUUGAGUCAAUUGAAUCAGUAAAACCUCCAAAAGAAAUUCGCUCAAUUGAUGAAAUUGAUUUUUGUGAAGAGCUUAAUAUUGAUGAUAAAUUAACAAAUAAAAUUGAUGAAGAUUUAAUAACACAAAAACAAGAAGAUGAUAAUGCUAUUAUUGAUGAUGCAACUACAAUUAAAAGUCAUGACUCAAUUGAUAGUAAAAGUGAAUCAUUUGAUUCUGGCAAUUCAACAUAUUUAGAUGCUAGUAGUAAAAAUAUUUUAAGCUCAAAUGAAUCUAGUUUGACAAUUGAAAAAUCAAAAUUAUCAUUAAAUAAAAUAUCACCAAUAAUAACGAAAAAACAAAUUAAAUAUUCAAGCACAUCAACACUUCCACGAGUUGGAUCAAAAAAUAAAACAACAAAUUUACCAUUAGAUAAUAAAAGAAAAUUUAUAAAAUCAUUUGAUAAAAAUGAAACAAAGUUAAUGAAAAAUUUAAAUAAAACAAAUUUAUUAAAUAGAAAAUCAUUAAAAACAAAAAGUAAUUUAAAUUUAAGUUUAUAUGAUAAACAAAAUUUAGGUAAAAAUUUUAAAAGUAGUAUUGAUUUAACACAAAAAAGAAGUCGUUCAUAUAUUACACCAAGAAAAUAUGACAGUCUUGAAAAAAAUAACGAUUUAUCAAAAAGUAAAAUAGCAUUAUUUGAUAAACGUUUAAAUAUUAAAUUAAAAAAUGAUGCUAAUGAAAAAAUAAAAGAUAUGAAAUGUGCAUCAAAAUCAUCAAUACCAAUACUACGUACAAGAUUUGAAAACCCUCGUCUAAUAAAUUCCGAAGAAAAUAUAAAAAAAAGUGAUAAAAAAAAUUUUGAAAUUAAUGAAAAUUAUAGCUUUGAAAAAGAGAUUAAAAAUUGGGAAAAAAAAAAUAAUAUUUGUGAUAAUCAAACAGUAAUAUAUGUAAAUAUUAUAACUGAAAGAGACAAUAGUGUAACAAAAAUUUUAGAUCCCAAAACAUUUCGUGAAUAUAUUAAAAAUAGAGAUCUUAAAAUUCAAAAAAUCAUUGAUGAUGAUUUAUCAGAUAAUCCAUUGAAUUAUGAUGACACAAGCAAUCCAAAAAUACGUACAAUUAUAUCAACAGUUAUCAACGAAAAACCAUCAGUUGAAGUUUUGGCAAAACCAUCAAUGUCAGAUGUGAGUACAUCAAUAUCAGAUUUAUCUGAUGAAAAUAAAAACAAUUCAAUAAUAACAAAAGAAGAAUACAUUGCACUAUAUGAAAUUCUAAAAGAAGAUCAAAAUUUUUGUCAAUUAAAUAAACAAUUUUGUGCUAAAAAUUAAUUUUAACUUGAUGACUACCUCGUUGUCAAUCUCAUAUUAUUUUUUUUUAAUUUUCUUUUUGAUAAAUGUACUUUUUUUAAAAAAAAAAAUUAAGCUCUUGUAUGAUGUUUAUAAUUUUUAUAAAUUAAAAUAUAUAUUUAAUAUCAAUUUAAUGUU